UCCAAAAUCGGUCAAAAAAGUCAUAGUAAUGUAUGUCGUCCAAAAUCACCAAUAAAUGUCAUAGUAGGGGAGACCGGGGAUGGUUGUAACACUUUUUGUCUCAGCUCCUAUAACUUGCAGAAUGUUUGUGAUACAAAGUACCCUCAUUUGUCUACUACAAAUAGCAAUGUUUUUAACUUUUCCAACUAUAUCACAGAAUUCAUUAUUUGAUGUCAAAUGCAAGGAGUGCCAUUGUUACAACUUACCCCACUACCAGGGUAUGUUGUAACACAACCUGGGGUAAAUUGUAACAAUAAGAUUGAAGGACUAAAAACUGAGACUACACCACAAAAUACACAUCUAUAUAACUUUAUUGUGCAUGUGCCAACACUAAGGCAUCUUCCUGUGCUUCACUAAGAACAAAAAGAACUACUCACUGAUGGCUAAAUAGUAAGCCAUCAUUAACACCAGUCUCAUCCAUAUUCCAUAUGUUGCAUCCAUCAAAGCUAUACCUCUCAAUAACAUCCCCAAGCUUCAUGAAAAAUGCCUCCACAUUUGUACGGUUAAAGCUUGUAGCUCCCUUAACAGUAUUCCUCUCAGAUAUGCUGUUUGGUGUGGGUUUGGGUUCUCUGUUUCAGAGGGUUACAACACACUCUGAUGUGCAGAUUGAACCAGAGGGUUUGCUGACCUGGAUUCUCGCAGGAUCUCUGGGUUUGUCUCUGGUCCUGUCCUUCGUCAUUGUUCCGCUGUGCCGGUUCCACUUGGAUCGGCGCUACGGGGUCUUCCUCAUCGCCUUCUACGCCAUCUUCCUCGUCAUUGCAAUGCUCACAGAGUUCGGCGUCAUACAGACCCAACACUGAGGCCAGUUUCGAAAAAAAACAAAACAAAAAACUGAGAGCAGACACAAAAGACUUCUUUUGCACUGCCGUCAGUUUGAUGCACCAAGUGGACAAAUGACUGGCAGAUCAAUGUUCUGCUGAGACUAUUUACACUGUGCCUUUGUUCAGCCGCAAGUUUGUCCAUAAAGAGGAGAGAAGUCUGUUAAGUAACAGAAGAUGGAAAAUAUUUAAAAUGUUAAUUGAAAACAUUUUGCUUUGGUUUUUAGGUUUAAAAGCUUCGCCUUCUGUGUGAAAAUAAGCGGUUACCAGCAGGAGAAAUCCAGCAAUGCACUUGACAAUCUGAACUGUUUAUUAAAAUCCCUUAUGAGGUAACUGAAAUACA